AUGAAGAACGUCCGGCAUUUUGGUCAAACCAUUCGCUACGGGUUCCUGGCAAAAUAUGACUACGGAUCUUCUGAGGCUAAUAUGCAGCACUAUGGAGAAGCAAAACCACCCAUUUAUAAUCUUUCUAAUAUCCCCAGUGACUUGCCUCUCUUCCUCAGCUAUGGACUGCAAGAUGGACUAUCUGACGUUGAAGAUGUUAAGCUCUUACUCGACAUUCUCAAGCCCCAUCACGAUGCUGACAAGCUCACUACUCAAUACAUCGAGGAGUAUGCUCAUAUGGAUUUCAUUUUUGGAGUAAAUGCUAAGGAUAUUGUGUACAAUCAGAUGCUGGGCCAAGCCAGGUCAGUAACCUUGAGCCCAGCAUCAUGUGUGUGGCCUGAUAGGCCCGCGCUACAAAUUUAG